AUGGAGCCGUCCGUUUCUACGCCAGCCGGCCCCACCGGCGACGAUUGGCCCGACGUGGUGUGGUACGAAGUCUUCCAGCGCUGCAAUUACAAGACGAUCAACGAGGCUGAGAAAGCGUGCAGCCAAUUCACGAGGAUCACCGAUGACAACGGAUUUUGGAGGGACCACUGCGAACGCGACGGAAUCACCUUGCCACCGACGCACGCAGUGAAACUCGCUCAUAUCAAGGGCCAUGAUUUCGACUACCGCUACCUCUACAGUUGCGCCGACACCGGCGGCGUCGAUCCGUACGGCCAGAAUAUUCUGAGGGAUGUGCCCGUCAACCCGGCUGUAGCCGAAGCCUACGGGGAGCAUUGGAUGCGAUACCACACUAGAAAUUGCACAUAUGAGUCCCCGCCGGUUGGCUACAAUGCCACGCCGGAAAUGCCGACCGAGGCGCUGGCGACCAGCUUCAUACGCGGAUUCAGAAGCAUUUUAGUAAACCUAGAAAAAGCUGGUAUUGAGCCCUGGGUGCUCGACAAGUUCCGGCCCGCAAUCGUUGCACGCGAACGGCACGCACCACGAUUCGACUGUUCAGCUGUGUACAAUUUUGCAGCGCAGGUUCGGAAGGAAGACGAAAUCUAUCCGCACACGCUGGUACGGUGGCUUGGUAAGCCCGACGCUUCCCGGGGUGACAUCAGGGAGACCCACUAUCCGCAAUGGGCAAAACAGCCCUGGAAGACUGAGGAAAUCCGAAUAGCCGACUACGGAUUUGGCAUGAGAAACGUGUUGGUCAGCAGCACGGCCAAGGAUAAUCAGUUCUGGGCCGGCAACUACGGGAUGAAGUUUACGGACACCGAGCUGCAACUCGUAUUCGCGGAAAAGUUGGAAUGGAAUGAUACGGAGGAUGCGGCCCCGGUCGACUUCGAUGAGACCCUCUCCGAGCCGGACGACUACGAAUACGACGCGUUCGGCCGGCACGUCAUGUACAAUUUCAUCAGUGACGAUGAGGAUGACGAUUACGAGGACCAGGAAAGCGUCAACUUCAGCGACGACUAUGACGCGGAAGACGUGGAUUACGACGAGGAUGGCGACGAGGAAGAGGAGUCGGAA